CGGCUGAGUGUUUUUUUUUCUUGUGCUUAGUAUUUUGCAAGUCGCCGGGGUCUUGUUGCUGUCAUCCACUUUAUUUAUGCUCGUUGUUUUAUGACAAAAGAGAUGUGGUUUAUUUAUUUGCUCAGCUGGCUCUCUCUGGUGAUACAAAUCUCUUUCGUCACAUUAGCAAUAGCUGCUGGCCUCUAUUACUUGGCAGAACUAAUAGAAGAAUACACAGUUGCAACAAGCCGAAUUAUAAAGUACAUGAUAUUGUUCUCCACUGGUGUGCUGGCAGGGCUGUACCUGUUUGAGGGAUUCCCUGUUUUGAUGGUGGGCUUGGGACUGUUCACCAACCUGGUGUACUUUGGUCUGCUUCAGACAUUUCCUUACAUCCUGCUCACUUCGCCAAACUUCAUACUUUCCUGUGUUCUGGUGGUGCUGAACCACUACAUGGCCUUCCAGUAUUUUGCAGAAGAGUACUAUCCUUUCUCUGAGGUGCUGGCCUACUUCACCAUCUGCCUCUGGAUCAUCCCCUUUGCCUUCUUUGUGUCUUUGUCAGCAGGAGAGAACGUGCUCCCAUCCACCAUGCAGCAGGGCGAUGAUGUGGUGUCCAACUACUUUACCAAAGGAAAAAGAGGCAAGCGCUCAGGAAUCCUUGUCAUCUUCUCCUUCCUGAAGGAAGCAGUGUUGCCUAGUCGACAGAAGAUGUACUGAGGACCCUAUCGGCGGAGGAGGGGAAGGAAGGUGGGGAUGAGAUAUAAAGUGGGGGGGUUCCAGGGACAUGACCAUAGUAGAUGGGAGGGAGUAGCAGGCUGAAAAUACCAUGCCAGCCUGUAUCCAAAUAGUGUUGUUUGACUGGAUGUGCCUGUUUCAGUAACUGCUGCCAGAUGCCCUCUUCCCAUCCUAUGAUCCCUGAAGCAUGGACUCUCAAGUUUGUGUUGGACCUCCUUAAAUUUUUUUUAAACUGUUAAUGAAUUAUGCUUGUCUGCUUUGGGAGAGGUGAGAAAGAUCAUACAGUAAUACUUUGAGGAAUAGGGCACUGUGUGUUAUGGAUCCUGGGCUGAAACAGGCCACCUGUAUGCAUGUUUUUGCAUCCAGCCCUUAACACCCAUGGCUAAGCUUACGAUUUUAAAAGCAUUUGCACUGUUUGUUCACAAUUUUGCAGGUCCAGUCAUGAAUCAAACACAGUGGCAUCAAGAAACAAUGACAUGUACAAAGAACCAGUAAUUUGGGCUGUUUUAGGAGGCUGUGGGUGGGUGAGAUGGAUUUAACAGUGAUAAUAGAUUUACCAAGACUGUGAGUCAUGAAACUGGUGCUGCAGUUAGGCUGUCAGGUAAGAGUGCGGAGGAGUAUGGGCGUGAGGUCAAGCAGAGGUCGUGACAUGCAGCUGCAGGGGUGUUAAGUGCUGAAGGAGAAGGAAAUGCUCCUUCUGUCAACACUCACCUUUUAUCCUGAGUUGUUGAAAGUACCCAGUGACCGAUGCUGCGGCCCCCCCAGGGGAGAGUUAACAAGGGACCAAAGCAUCCCCCUCCACCCCCUUAAUUUCACACUAUGAUAGGUGGCCUAGGCCGUGCGAUCUCGUAAAUAGUGACCAAGGUCAUCAAGACCUCUGUUUCACCCCAGCACACGUGGCCUCCAGACUCACAGAUGCGUGUACACAGCUGCUCCUGCCUUGUGCUGUGUCAGUUACUCAGUCAAGCAUGGGUAGGAGGGAGCCCGAGUAAUGCUUGUUCUUGUUUCUUCAGUUUUUGUUCAAUGUGGCUUUUUAUUAAAUUAAGAACUGGCUGCUGUUGUGAUGCAUUUUCAUCCUUUGUUCAGGUUUUUGGAGUGAAGGAGAUGCCAUUGUUGGGUGCACUAGUGCCAUUUUACAUUAAUGACUUCUGUAUUGACUGCUAAAGAGGUUACAUGUCAUCCUAUGUAAAUAAAGCAAAGUGGACCACUACAGAAAGGAGAAGCACACGUAAUGUUAAAGCAUACCCAUGUGUACUACAAUGCCCUUUGCUUGUAGUCAGCUGUGUUGAAGAAUUGAAUUAAAGAGCUUUUUGAAUAAUUAUUCCAGUAAGGUGUUGAUCCAUUAGUCAAAACUGCAGCAAUCCACCACACUUAGAAUUCAGUUAGUGGUCUGAAAUUGUACUUGAUAUGGCAGGCAUAGCAAUUUUUUUUUCUUGUGGGGUAUAAAUUACUGAGAGUAACUGUCAAUAAAUACUUGCAUAUCUUAAUUUAAAUAUUACCGUGUAUUGGUGGCAUGACAUACUGUAUUCUUUGAAGCUGAAUAAAGCACAUAAUUCUUUCAUAAAUUGAAAAAUUUUUGGGGUCAAAAUGAGAACUGUGAGGUGUCACCCCCCCCCAAGGCUUUAAGACAGUAUCUUCGAACUGAAAUUAGUUGUUAGUUGCUUCAAUUUAAUUACUCUAGAGGAAAUUACCACGCUAAUUUGCUUGAUGAAGUGCAUUUACUACUUGCCCUUUAGAUCUAAUCCCCACUAAAUAACUUAAAGCUGCAAUUUCCAUUUUUAUGGAGCCUAUUGUCAAUAUCAUUAAUACCUCGUUACUUAAAGGCAGUGUUCAGAAUGCUUUUAAAGUUUCCGUUAUUUAGACCCCUGCUAAAGAAAUCGGAUCUUGACUGUAAUGACCCUAAUUAAUCAUAGAAAAAUGUGGAAAAGAUUGUGGUGUCCCAAAUUGUAAAAUAACCUUAAUGAUAAUAAUAUAUUUGAAAAAUUUCAGUCUGGUUUCCGUCCUGGUCACAGCACUGAAAUGGCCCUCACCCAUGUUUUUAAUGAUAUUCUCUUCUCCUCUAAUGCUGGUCAUACCUCAGUUGUUAUAUUUCAGGCCUUGAGUGCUGUGUUUGAACUGUUGACCAUAGUAUCUCAGUACAUUGGAAACUCUGGUUGGACUAAGGGGUAUUUUUCUGCAGUGGUUCUGUUCGUAUUUAUCUAAACAUAUACGGGGCUGGUAAGGUGGAAAUCCAAUUGGCUGUCCAGGACUGGUAUACAGCUUUAUGAAGUAAAGCAUAAGAACCACAAUCAUCAUUACUCAAUCAGGACUGGCAUUUCACAUUUCU